UGCACGAAUCCCUCCUAAAAAGCCAGAAGUAACCAGAAGAUCCAUCAUCUCAGAUAAAUACACACUGAAGGAGAAUAUGUUGAUUUACGGUGGGUGUUUACUGGGAAUGUGUGCAAUGGUGUUUGUGUUCAUCAGAACCGGAUCCAGUACAGAGCAGAUGAACCUGGCAGCUUUACUUCGUAGUCUCUCUUCAGGAUAUAUGAAAGACCUUCAAGCUCGAGAAGAAAGCAACAAAUUGCAUGAAAAUGUCAAAGUUGGUGCUUUAGGGCCCAAGGUGCUCACUAAAGAUGGAAGCAUCCAGGGUAUGAUGGUGGACGAGUGUUAUAUUUUUUACGGGAUACCAUUUGCUGAUCCACCUGUGGCUACGUCCCGCUGGAAACCUCCUCGCAGGGUCACUCCGUGGCAAGGGGUGUAUGACGCCACCUAUCCCAGAGCAGCUUGCAUGCAGGCCUGCGUUGGACCUCUUUCUGAUGAAUGUCCGAAGAAGGUAAGUGAAGAUUGUUUGUACCUGAACGUUUUCGUUCCACUGAGCGUUAACUUCACAGCUCCACUUCAUAAACUUUUACCCGUCAUGGUUUGGAUCCACGGUGGCGACUUCAUCGCAGGCUCUGCCUCCAAACCACUUUAUGACUCACGAUACAUCAGUAACUUCACACAAACCGUGGUUGUGAGCGUGGCCUACCGUCUGGGGGCUUUUGGAUUUCUGGUAUCUGGUAAAGACCCAAAGACAUCAGCAGUUGGGAAUUAUGGGAUUUUGGAUCAGCAGGCAGCUUUGCUCUGGGUCCAGCAGAACAUUGCUGUGUUUGGGGGCGACCCAAACAGGGUGACGAUUUUUGGAGAAAGCGCCGGAGCUCAGUCAGUCAGUCUCCAUCUUAUGAUUCAAAGCAGUAAGCCGCUCUUCAAACAGGCUGUUCUCCAGAGCUUACCGUUCUCUAUUCCUCUUAAAACACGGCACGAGUCUCUGAGGUUAGGACGGAACUUUGCUAAGAUGUCCAACUGUUCAUUGACGGACAUCACAUGUCUGCUGUCUCUGAGCCCUGGGGCGGUUCUAACUGCACAGAUCAAAUCCAGCUCAAAGGUGGUGAACCCGUUUCGCUUUCUGGAGUCGUUUGAAAUCUGGGGGCCUUUUAUUGAUGGAGAACUGAUCCAGGAGCAGUCAGGGACGGCCUUUCAGAAGGGACACUGGCAAAAGGAGAAACCAGUGCUGCUUGGGACCACUUCAGAGGAAGGUGUCAUCUUUGUGUAUGGGGUCUUUACUAAGCCUGUGUCGCCGGUUGAGUGCACUAUCUACACAACAGCCAUAUUUAAACAGCAUGCCAUCAAAAUCCUGCGCAAAUAUUUUCCUCUCUACAAAGACACAGACCGCAGGGACAUGUUAGCACAGAUCGUUACUGAUUACAUCUUCCUGUGCCCGUCCCGAAGAUCCGCCCGUGCUGGAGUUCUGUCAGGAAGUUCAGUGUGGAUGUAUGUGUUCGAUCACAUCGCCAGUGAUCCUCGAGUGUGGUCGGGUCUGACGUUUUGUUAUCAACACGUGUGUCACGGUGCUGAACUGCCGUUUCUGUUUGACUCCGCCCCCGUGGCAAAUUUCACUCUUACUCAACCUGAACAUCUGUUGUCCAAUCGCAUGCUGUGCUACUGGGGUGCUUUUGCCCAUGCGGGUGACCCCGGGUCACAUACUGACAUGAGCCCGUUCUGUCAGCAGCAACGCCUGCCAUCAUGGCCGCGCUAUGAGACCAACAGCGGUUGGCUAGUAAUGAAUCUCACAGUGCAUUCACACGCACAAACCGGAUCACGCAAUGACAUCUGCGAUUUCUGGGACAAACUUGGGAUCUAUCCAUAGAAACACAAAAUCACUAAUGAAAUCUAUUUCUCAGAGACAGCAGUGAAAUACAAUUCAGCCUGUGAAAACCUCAUUUUCAUGAUUUAUUGUUUUCUACAUAAAUUCAUCCUAUAUAAUGUAAAGAAAGUAGAACCUUGAUAUCUUUAAUAUUGACUGAAAUCAAAGAAUGAAAUCAAACUCUGACGCUCCUAAGCUACAAGGGGUUAAUUUCAUUCGUCACGCAGAAUAAUGCGGUUCUCCAUCACCGCAAGAGCUGCAGAAGAUCAGCCGCACCUGUCUAGCAUUUAAAUGAAGAUGUUUGCACACCACAGUGAUCUUUGCAGGCCACACGCAGGAUUUAAAUCAUGAUGCGUCAGUCCUCAGACACGCCUCCUUCAUCUCCUGUGUGAUUCCACAUGAAUGAAUUAAGAAGGGCUGAAUGAAAUCGAUUGCUCAUCAAGCGUUAACUAUAUCUGCAGCAGUGGACAAACAAGUACUGUAUGUGUGUGCACUCGCAAGAUCAUUUGUGUGUAGAUGGCCAAUUAAAAACAGAUGACACCAGCAGACACAUCAAACCGCAGUACCAUGCAAACGAGAUCCUGCUCACCCGUGUAUGUUGCCAUGCAGAUAUGCUUGUGUCCAGGGAGAGUUCAAGUAUCUGUCAUCAAUACACAUUAUCACAAACGCAGAAACCAAUACAACACAUUAGAUGAAAUGAAAUGAGGACAGCGUCAGGAAAAAAUAAUCAUGCACUGUGUAUCUGCAGUAUGUAGACAGUCUGGUUAAUUUCAGCUGGUCUCUGUGUAUAAAUGAUGAUGACCCUGGAGCGAAGAUAUCAAGCAGUAAAUGCAACAUCUCCAUCAGGAACCUCUGGGCAGUUACUGCAUCUGAUCUCUGACACUUUGAUUUGUCUGUGAUUUCAUCAUUGCCUACAGUCACAAUGUCCUCUUCAAUUUCAAUAAAAUGCAAACGGAGCAAAGACAGAAGAGAACAGCAGAAGUGAAGACAACAAAUGUCUGCCCCAGAUGAUCACAAGCAAAUAUAAAUACAUACAGUAUACUGUAAUAGAUUAAACCGAGCAAAUUCUCAAACAUCUCAGAUUUUACUCUUUAUAUUAUCUGUUAGAAAAAUCUCAAAUAAUGUGUUCAGAUUUUCCAAAACAAUAAAGUCUGUAAUAAACGUAAAUGUGAUUUAGACAUUUACAAUCAAGUCUUCUGAAAGCAAAUAGUCAGAGCUCUCCACACUAAUUUAAAGCUAGACCUAUAUU